AUGGCUCAGGGGGGUGGAGGGAGAUCUGAUUUUUUUUCUCGGGAAGAGAUCAGUGAAGUCCAAGACUUCCCUGUUUUAGAAUGGGCUUCUUUCAUCGACGAUCUUUUUCCAUAUGAUUUAUCUCUCUGCCUAUCAUAUUUAUGCAUCUCCCAGGGAUACGAUUUCUUUUACUUUGUCCAACAAUGGCCAGGAUCAUAUUGUGACACAAAGAGAAGUUGUUGCUACCCAGCUACUGGAAAGCCGGCAACUGACUUCACCAUUCAUGGCCUGUGGCCACAGUACAACAACAAUACCUAUCCAUCAAGUUGCAAUCAGAGGAGCCAAUUCGAUGAAACCAAGGUCUCAGAUCUGAUCAGUAGGAUGGAGAAGAGCUGGCCAACUUUCAAUUGCGGCAAGAAAAGCACCAAUACCAAGUUUUGGACACAUGAAUGGACAAAACAUGGUACUUGUUCAGAAACUGUACUUGACCAGCACGCAUACUUUGCAGCAGCUCUUAAUAUCAAAGACAAAGUGAAUCUCCUCGAAAUGCUAAAAAAUGCAGGUAUUCUACCGGAUGGGAAGUUUUACAAGUUGGAAGACAUGGAAGAAGCUAUCAAGUUGGGAACAGGGCACGUCCCAGGGAUUGAAUGCAACCAUGACGCCUCAGGGAAUGUGCAGUUAUACCAAAUCUUUCUGUGUGUUGAUGCUACUGGUUCGAAUGUCAUCGAAUGUCCAGUGGUUCCGAUAAGGAAAUGUGAUACCUUGAUUCAGUUUCCAGUCUUUUAG